UAGAGAGCACUCUCUGCGCAGGUGCAAGCCGACAGUCACUUCCGGGCUGAAGCGUUGCGUUUCGCUUCGCUUAAGGAAAAAAAAUCCCGUAAGGGUUUCCCAGAGGGACGAUGGCUACCUAUAGCCUGGCGAACGAGCGACUGCGCGCCCUGGAAGACAUCGAAAGGGAAAUUGGUGCCAUCCUUCAGAAUGCAGGGACGGUGAUCCUGGAGCUGUCCAAGGAGAAAACCAACGAGCGGCUCCUCGACCGGCAGGCGGCAGCCUUCACCGCCUCGGUGCAGCACGUGGAGGCGGAGCUGUCGGCUCAGAUCCGCUACCUCACCCAGGUGGCCACAGGACAGCCCCACGAGGGCUCCAGCUACUCGUCCAGGAAGGACUGCCAGAUGGCUCUGAAGCGGGUAGACUAUGCACGCCUCAAGCUCAGUGACGUGGCCCGAACCUGCGAGCAGAUGCUGGAGAACUAGGCCGAGGAGCUGGAUUGAGCUUGGAGGGACAGCGGCACCUGCACCUCGGGCCGGGACCGAGAGACCUGAGGGAUGAGGUGCAGCACUGGAACCCCCCCUGCUCUGCUGGCCACAGGUCACCAGGACAGCUAAAACCCACGCCCGCCCACGGCUGUGUGGCCUGCUCCUGCGCUGCACUCCACAUGAGUACCGACAGGCUCUGGUGGGAGAUGGGGACUCGGACACCCUGCCCACUUCCUCCUGCAGGCCUGACCCAGAGGCAAAACAAGAACUAAGGGUUUGGAUAAUAAAAGCAAUAGCGACUUCUUACAAAGAGAGCAGACUCUCCCUGAGAUCUAGCUGAGGAUGCUAGAGAUGGGGAAGUGAAAGCAGCAGCCACA